AAUUGGCGUAGAUUGAUCAUGGUUUUAACAAAGGAAGUGGUUCUGCCGGAGUUUACAACAUUGACCGUGCCAGAGGUAGAUCUGUCUACCGCGACUUUGAUGUCCGCGGCACCGUACGUCGGAAAGUAUUGCGAGUCAGUCAACAACGAAUUUAUGCUUUGUAGAUACGAGUCGAAUGACCCACGGGCUUGCGUUGACCUUGGUAAGAAAGUGACGGCUUGCACACUGCAGCUAUUCAGAAACAUCAAAAACAAUUGUAGGCGAGAAUUCAACAAUUAUUCGUAUUGUAUUGAUAAAAGCUCAGGUGAUUUUUCUUUAACCAAAUGUCGAAAAACCCAAGCUGUUUUCGACCAGUGCAUGAAAGAUAAGAUGUGUAUCGAAAGACCCGAUUUCGGGUACUUUUGUCGUGCGAGAGUCCACCGCAGUUCCAGCGCUCCACCACCACCAGAGCCUUGUCCAUGCGGUCCGAAAGUCCAAGAUGAAACGCCAUCUUUGCAAGAUUGCAAGCCACGCCCACCUGCUCGCUUCGGCGGGCGUUACUUUUGGAUCACAGAAUAA